CCGCAAGAUCUGACACUCUUUUAAGUUACCUUUAAUAGAAAAACAUUUUUAUAUCCGUCCGAUUUAUUCUCUCUAUCUCUAUCUUUUUCUCUUCUGUUCUCUCUCUCUAUCUCUCCAUAGUAAAACAACUUCUCUUCUCUUCUCUUGUUUAUUGGACUCUUCCCCUAAGUUCCGUCCGAUUUAUGUUGGACUCUUCCUUUCGUUUCUAAAACAGCUUCGAGGAAGAAGAGGAGGUUUUGGGGUUUUGAGUGGUAGCCGGGCAGUGGAAUUCCCAGGAAAGCAAUGGGGAAACCAGACGAGAAUUACUUUACACCCAUGGAACCAGCAUUAUCAUUAGGUUCUUGCCUUGAUCCUGCAAAAUGUAGAGGUUAUGUUCUUGAUCCAGAAAAAUGUAGUCGGUUGAGCUUGGAACAGAAAAGAGAACUGGUUCACCAAAUUGCUCGAUGGUCAACGCAUGCUGCUCCUGAAUUCCUUAGCUCUUGGACUCGAGCAGAGAUUUUAGAAGUUAUAUGCGCUGAAAUGGGUAAAGAACGGAAAUACUCUGGUCUGACAAAACCCCAAAUGAUAGACCAUCUACUCAAGGUAGUUUCCAUGAAUUCUGGAACUGCAAAAGCCAAUGACUCACGUACACUAACCGGCUUUAAAAGGCAAAGACAGAAAGAACACCUACAUCAAUUUGACAGUGAUUCGGAUCAUCUCCUCUUAAGCAACAUUGGACAAGACCACAUUGAAACCCAACUUUGUGAAAAUGUUGCUUGCCAAGCUACUUUGACGUUAAAGGAUAAAUUUUGCAAGAGAUGCUCCUGCUGUAUCUGUUACAAAUACGACGAUAACAAAGAUCCUAGUCUGUGGUUGACUUGCUCGUCCGAUCAUCAUAAUCAGGAUGACUCGUGUGGGAUGUCUUGCCACUUGGAAUGUGCUCUAACGAAUGAAAAGGCCGGGAUUAUGAAUACCGGGUGCAAUAUUAAGUUAGAUGGUGGUUUUUACUGUGUUUCUUGUGGAAAAGUUAACGAAUUAUUGGGAUGUUGGAGAAAGCAAUUGUUGAUUGCGCAGAGUGCUAGACGGGUAGAUAAACUGUAUCAUCGGUUAUCACUGAGCCGUAAGAUUCUCAAAGGAACUGAGAGGUUCAAAGAACAGCAGAAGAUUCUCGAUACUGCCGUGUUAAAACUCAAAAAAGAAGUUGGACCUUUACAUCAAGUAUGCUCAAAUUUGGAGCGCGGCAUUGUGAAUAGGCUUGCUUGUGGUGCGGAGGUUCAGAAACUGUGUUCUCUUGCUAUAGAGUCAUUUGAAACUAUGUUUCCAGGCAUGAACUAUGAUCGUGCUGGUUCAGAUAUCCCGCCAAGUUGCAAAAUCCGAUUUGAAGAAGCCUCACCUGGCUCUGUGGUUGUUGUGUUGAAAUAUGACAAGAAGAAACUAGAAGGCUCGUUUGGCUGUAGACUCUGGUAUAGGCAGUCUACUGUAAUGUACUAUCCAGAAAAACCCGCUUUUCUUGUGCUGAUCCCACAGACAAGGUUUGUAAUAUCAGACCUUGAUCCCUCAACGGAGUAUUUCUUCAAGGUUUCUAUGUUUAAUGGCAGUAGAGAAUUGGGUGUAUGGGAAGCUAAUUAUGUCACACAAACAUCAAGUAGAAGCUCUAUUGUAGGUCAAUAUGAAGAGCAGCAAAAAGAAGGGCAGCAAAAUUCACAGCGGGGCUCAACGAACACUAGUGACAAUAAGUUAGCCUACAGUGAUGAACACUCAAAGCUUUGUUCGUUGGAAGACAUCAACAAGAACGAUGACAGUCAUGUACUAAGUAAUACCAAGGAUAGUGUACCUAUUGUAAGUUCCACAUCUGCCCCUCCUCCAACACCAUACAAAUCUGAUGGGAUCCAUGAGCCAUCAGGCUUUGGUGUUCAAAAGCAUAAUUCAGAAAGUAAUAACGAGUACUGUACACGAGUUAUCAGAUGGUUAGAGCGCGAAGGACAUAUGAAGAAAGAGUUCAGAGUGAAAUUUUUGAAUUGGUUUAGCUUGAAAGCAACAGCGCAAGACAUAAGGGUGGUGACUGCAUAUGUGGACACUCUGAUUGAUGAACCUUCCAGUUUAGCAGAUCAGAUCGUAGAUACGUUCACUGAUAAAAUCUCCAAGGAACAGAGGAAACCACAUCGCUGGAAUGGUUUCUGCACUGCAUUUUGGCAUUGAGCAGGCCAACAUACAGGAUUUUUUCUUUUGAGUAGAUAUGGAAACUUUAGCAGAAAAAAGUAGUUGAUAAUAACUAACUGAAUGUGUGUACUUUUGCUAUCUAAGUAGUAGAAUGCAGUUUCUAGAUGAAACUUAGCAUACUUGAUUGACUAAAAUCGAGCGUUUUUUUAUCCAACAGAGAAAGAGCCUUCUUUGUGUCAUAGCUUUAUUUUUUUGCUCAAUCACCUGUUACCAAAAUUUAU